CUUAGGGAUUUUUUUUUUGUCUUGCAGCCCUGGAAGAAAGAGGGAUUUUUCACCAGUGCUUUGGAGCCAGUACUUUGAAUCUAUGGAGGAUGUUGUGGUGGAAAAUGAGACUGGCAAGGAUACUUUUCGAAUUUACAAAAGUGGGUUAGAGGGGCCUGUCCUGCUGCUGCUACACGGUGGAGGCCACUCUGCCCUGUCCUGGGCUGUGUUUACUUCUGCAAUCAUUAACAGGAUCCAGUGUAGGAUCGUGGCUUUGGAUCUCCGAGGCCAUGGAGAAACAAAAGUUAGGAAUCCUGAGGAUCUGUCUGCAGAGACUAUGUCCAAAGACGUUGGGAAUGUGGUGGAAGCUCUGUAUGGGGACCUUCCCCCCCCCAUCAUGCUGAUUGGGCACAGCAUGGGGGGGGCCAUCGCGGUGCACACCGCGGUCGCAAACCUGGUGCCGAGUCUGCUGGGGCUGUGCAUGAUCGAUGUCGUGGAAGGAACAGCCAUGGAUGCAUUGAACAGCAUGCAGAACUUCCUGAGAAGUCGCCCCAAAACAUUCAAGUCACUUGAAAAUGCCAUCGAGUGGAGUGUAAAAAGUGGACAAAUAAGAAAUCUCGAAUCUGCCAGAGUUUCUAUGGUCGGUCAAGUCAAACAAUGUGAAGGGGCUGCCAGUCCUGAAUGUCCUAAAGCCAUAGUGGAGGGAAUUAUUGAAGAGGAGGAGGAGGAGGAGGAAGAGGAUGAGGAAGGGGGAGGCUCUGUCAACAAAAGGAAGAAAGAAGAUGACACAGAGACAAAGAAGGAACAUUUAUACACGUGGCGGAUUGAACUGGCUAAAACAGAAAAGUACUGGGAUGGCUGGUUCAGGGGUUUAUCCAACCUCUUCCUGAGCUGUCCCACUCCAAAGCUUUUGCUUUUAGCUGGUGUUGACAGGCUGGAUAAAGAUCUGACCAUUGGGCAGAUGCAAGGGAAGUUCCAGAUGCAGGUCCUCCCACAGUGUGGCCAUGCAGUCCAUGAAGAUGCUCCAGACAAGGUUGCUGAAGCUGUUGCAACAUUUCUGAUCCGUCACAGGUUUACAGAGCCCAUUGGAGGAUUCCAGUGUGUGUUUCCUGCUUGUUAAUAUCCUGGUGUUCUCCAGCACUGAUUCCUGUUGUAAAUAAACUGCACCAGAGGCCACUGUGAUGUAUCCAUAUGCUCUCAUCUCCCAGUCCAGCAGCAGUGGGAAGUUGGUGUGAGAUUCAUCCCCUAGAACUAGUUCUCCAGUCUAAAUUCUUAGGGACUUCCUUGCUGGGAAGCAGCUUCUACUGAAGACCAUGAAAAGCUCUUUAUACCCUUGGGAGUGGGAUCCUCCUCUCUGCUGCCACAAGGAAAGACCUCCUGGAAUCCCAAGUAGUCGAUCAGACCAAUCUCCAUCAAUUUUCAGGCUUUCUUGGACCCAACUGCAGAAGGGCCAUGGACAGUCCAGAUCCACCAAAGGCAUUGCAGCACAGCCAAAGCUUCGGGAUUUUUCUGUGGAGUCAUCUUGGAAAUGCCCCUUAGAUUUGGGUUUUAUAUAUACACAUUUUCUUUCCCCUAAAGCAGAUGAGGAAUUGACUUUGUUGAGAGCUCAGGUUUCAUCUCACCAACACCAGCUUUAGGGGUUAAGGUGUGAGAAGAGCCUAGAGGACACUUUCCUGGGAAAAGUUGAAUGAGAUUGUAACUCAAACAGGUGAGGAGGAGCCGUGAGCUCCGUUUCAGUCCUGCAGUUUUCUUAGUACUUGUUUCAAGUCCUUUCUGGGAAGAAUAGCCUGGAUAACUCCAUCUACUGCAGACACAUCCCAAGAAGGGGACUCUGGGCCUGCGCUAAUGGGGAAGACCCAGGAGCAGCAGGAACAACAUGGCCAACAGGCUGUUUCCUGCCCCUGGCACGUGUUUGUGCUUCCCUUCUUGUAGCUGCAGUUAAGCAUUGCUCAGCAUCAUUGGAAUGGCUGUAGGUGAAACCCUGGAAGAGCUUGGAGUCAGUCCUGCUGAUGUGGAUGCAGAGAUGAGGCAGCUGCUCCCCCAGGAACGGGAGGAAGGACCUUCUUUCCAUUGUCGCUUCUGGAUCAUUUUGCUGCCUGCCCUCCAGAAUUCUACAUACACAGAGAGCUUUUCUUCAGGGAUAAAUUAUCCCUAGACAGAAUCACGUGUGAGUGUAAGAGCAGACAUGUUUUGGAGCAGUUUUCCUCAAUAUUUUCCCAGUGGAUAUCUGAAAUCCCUUUUUUCCUGCCUGAUGUCCAUAACUCUUUGCUGCUGUAGGAUGAUUUUUGUGAUUUGGGAGCUGUCAUUUGCAUUCAUGUGUAUAUCCCAUGACAAGAGCCAUCAGGAAUUAUUGGCAUUUGAGAGACGUGCAGGUGGGGCAAAGGGUUUAACUUUGAGCCUGGUGGAAAUCCACUCAUCUCUGAUUCACUGGGCACAGCGGUCCUGGCCUUGCUUCUGACACAUCAGGGUGGGAAGUGCCUGGACUGGGGACAGGAAAAGCUCAUUCCAGAGAGCUCUCCUCCCUCCUGGCACUUUGGCCAUCAGGUGAUUAAAGGGAAUUGCUGGUUCCCAGCAUUUCCCUCUGUAAGUCACCACGUGAAUUACUGCAUUAAUUUCCUGUGGCCUUGAUGUCCACCCUGUUCCUUAUGGAUUCAAUGGAUCUUCAGUAAUUGAGAUGCAAAAUAAUACCUUCCUGAGACAUAUCCUGAAAAUUGGCAAAAUUCUCCUUUCCAGGCAACUCCUUUGUUCAAAUUGUUAGGGAUUAAAUAAUACAGUGUCUGUAUCCAGAGUCUCACUUCCUGGGAUAAUUAAGCCUGUGGUCAUAAUCCUGGAUGAUCCUGGUGAAUUCACAUUCCUCCUUUGUAAGUAACUUGGAGAAUCCAAGGGAUUCCUCGUGUUAUCUGUUUCAUUUAUGAGAUCUGAAAAAUAAAUCCCAACCACACAGACCGCUCCGUGGAAAGCAGAUCAGUUCUGUAUUCUCUACAGGCACCACUGGAAAAGGUAUGACUUUUGGAAUCCUGUUGAUGAGGCCUAUGUAGCCCGUGGGGCCUGUUUGGCCUGUAGGGCCUGUGCAGCCUUUGAAGCCCGUGGGGCAUAUGGGGUCUGUGGGGCCUGUGUAACCUAUGGGGCCCGUGUGGUCCAUAGGGCCUGUGAGGCCUUUGAAGUCUGUGGGGCAUAUGUAGUCUAGGGGGCCUACAUGGCCCUAUGGGGCAUGUGAGGCCUUUGGGGCCUCUGGGGUCUGUGGGGCCUUUGUGGCCUCUGGGGCUUUAGGAUUCUGUUUUGUUGUUUAACAUUUGAGAGGUGAGUGAAAAGAAAAUAAAUGUUUCAACAGCCUAUUUAAUGGUGUGUCCCUCUGUGCUGAGCUCCCAGCCCUGCCUUGCCUGGAAUAAGUGGGAAUAGUUCAGGGACUGGUGCUGGAUUUAAAAAAAAAAAAAAAAAAGUAAUUCCAGGGACAGCAGCAGUGUGGGAGUGGGUGGAGGGGAAAUUCCUUUUGGUUCAGUCAAGCCGUGUACAUUUUUGAGACUGUACUUUUGUCUGAGAAGUAUUAAUGCUCCUGCUGCAGUUUCCAGGGAGCUACAGGCUGGGAUAAAUGGGAUUUGGAUGAGGGAUAGCACAGGCUGUGAGAAAAGAGACUGCAGAGAGAAGGCACAUUCUGUUCAGCUCAUGAAAAACAGGGGAACAGAGUGAAUUGCCCCCUAACUCCCAGCUUUUCAUUGUGUUUUUUCUGCAGCCUUUGGAUUAUUUAGAAAUCACAGUUGCUUUUCUUCCAGUUAUUGGAUUGAAGAUCAGUAGAAACUUUCCCAGUGGAAGAUCCCAAGGCUUGGCAGGAGCAUGAGAUGCAGUUUGGGAGGCUGGUUUGUCACAGGCUUUACUUUAAUUUAAUAAAUUAAAUAAAUAAAUGAAAAAAUGAGGCCUAGGACGGGUUUUGCCACAUUAUACACACCAGAAAAAGCCAUCAGUGACUGAGUGGAGCACUGGGAUUGCUGGAAAAAGAUUAUUUCCUCUAUUGCUAGCGCACGCGGUCUUGCUUUGAAUAAACCAACUCUUGAACAUGGAAUGAAAACUCAGACCUGGGGUUUUCCAGAUGGAAUUCUCCCCUCAGGCUGUGAUGGCAUUUGCAAAAGUAAUACCUUUAUAGAUAAAGUUGUUAUUUUUCCCUUUUUUGGCCACAGAAAGGCCUGGAAAACCUGAGGAAGCCCAUUCUAACCGGAACCGUGCAUUGAAAAAUUCCCCCCAGGAGGGUGGAUUAGAUGUUAGGAAAAAGUUAAUUUAAGUUGAGGCUCUGGCCCUGGUUUUCCAGAGAGGUUGUGGAUUCCCCAUCCCUGGAAGUGUUCAAGGCCAGGUUGGGCGACACUUGGAGCAAUGUGGUCUAGUGGGAGAGAGUUGGAUGAGCUUUAUGGUUGUUCCCAACCCAAAUUACUCUGGUUCUGUAACUUUGGCACUGACAUUUAUCCUCCCUUCCACUAUUCCCUUUUCUCUUGGGAGCAGAAAGGCCUGGGAAAAGAGCCUGGCAACCAGUGAUUCGCUGGUUUGAACUGGUGCUCCAUGCUCUUGGAAAUCUAGGCAUGAAUCUUCAGCUGAGGUAAAAAAAUUGAGUUUAUGGGUUGUCCCUUCCAAGAAAUCCUGGCCCUGGUGCAUCUACUACCCGUCUCACAGCCUGGAAGUGCCCUUUGUGUUGCCCAAUCCUGCAUCCCUUGGUUGUGUCAUCCGUAGUGACCCAUCUGAUGGCACCGUGUCUGUAAGGCAUCCCAAAACAGCGGGAUAGGGAUAGGUAUUUGAUCCAAGCUUUGCUGUGGGAUGCUUGGUCAGUUGUGGCUGAGCAUUCCCAGUCUGGCAGGGUGACCUUUUUUAACCACGUGCUGCUAUUCCCAGAUGGAAAAUGUGUGUGUAUGUGUGUGUGUGUGCGCGUGUGUGUGAGUUCUCCAGAGACCGCGCGCCAUGUCCCGUGUCAGCCACAUCCUGUUCCUGUCUUGUUCCGUGUCCAUUUCCCUCGCCUACAAAUAAAGCAUUUGUGAAAA